GUCUUCCCGUUCUUCAUCCUUACGGUAACCUGCCAAAGAGGUUGGUACCGAUACUCAACCUUUUCACCGCAAUGGCAGACCCUCUAUCAGUCACAUUUGCUGUGGCCGGGAUCCCCGGGAUCUUUACAUCUUUUUUGAGUUGCUUUGAAUAUGUUCAACUUGGACGAAAAUUCGGCCGAGAUUAUGAGGACAGCAUGCUCAAACUGGAGCUCGAAAGGCUGCGUCUGUCGCGAUGGGGAGAGAAAGUUGACAUCAACCUGGCAGACCCCAACUAUGUGCAAAUUCAAUUGUCGCUUGGCUCAUGUACCGACACCAGUCGUGCAAGGGAGGUCCUGACACUGAUCCUGGAUUUAUUCCGGGAUACCGAGAAGGUCGCGAAUCGGUACCGGGUCAAAAGGAUCGCACAACUUGCGCCUACGAGCACUUCAGCCCGAUCGGAAUCAAUGACGCUAUACCAGAAGACUCGCGACCUGUCUAUUAAGCAUCGUCAGAGGGGUACAACUACCUUGAAAAAGACCAUCUGGGUCUUAUACGACCAGAAAUACCUCUCUGGGCUGCUGAAGGAGCUGGAUGAAAUGAUCGGGAAGUUGGAGGAAUUGUUCCCUGACAAAGCGGAGGAUGAUGUCGCCGCAGGAAAGUCGGGCAAGGAACAGACGAUCGGAGAACAAAGUGACGACCGUGUAAUCGGCCGAAACGAUCCUCUUCUACCGGAAAUUUUGGAGAAAAAGGGGAAGGGUCAUCUGUAUUACAACAUGAAGGUUGGGGGCGAUGCGAAGGUCUACAACGGAGAUCUGCUCACUCCCGGAGACAAACCUCGGGGACGCGGUCAUGCUUACUUGGACAUCACUGUGGGUGGGAAUGUGAAAGUCAGGUUUGGAAAUGACCAAACAGGUGGAACAGCCUUGUGGAAUAUGUGAAAUGUCAGUCGUCUGGUAGAGUAUUGUCUUCGUGGACAAAAGAUUUUCCAUGUUUUACGAAUGAUCGAACCGUAUGUUAUAGGAAUCGUGUUUUGCUUUCAGGAUAUGUGGCGAGGAGCAAG